ACCGCAUGUACAGUGUGUGGGGGAAUUUGCCAAUGUGAUUGUGAAUGUGUUUAGGGCUGUUGUAAUCGUUAAUUUCAUCAGAAAUAGAACCAUUGUCGGCGAUCGUACCUCUACACAGGUGUGUACCCGAUGCAUUGUGAAUGUUUAUGUGAAGCAUUUUGUACAUGGAAUGUAUGUCGUUCGGCGGCAUUUGCAGAAACUCUUCGACUUCGGUAUGAAAGAGAUGAUCGGCUCGAAAGCCCCGUCCGGAAUGUCCGGCGGCAAUAGACCAUGGACGAUGAAUCUAGCUAAGAAAAGUACCAAUGGGAAUGGAGACAGCGUAGCCGGGAGCCGUUACGAGGAAGCAGUGAAUGAAUUGAACACACUACAAAGCAAUGCAUCUGUGUUGGCUCAAGUCAAAAGAAAAAAUAAAGAUCAUGGAAAAAACAAUCUGGAACAAGUGCAGAAGUUCGCUGAGCGGGCAGGCUUGACGCUGGAUAAGUUAGACAAGCUUUCAAUCAUACAUGUGAGUGGCACCAAAGGAAAGGGAUCUGUGUGUGCACUGUGUGAAAGUAUGCUGAGGGCUUCCGGGUACAAGACAGGUUUCUUCAGUUCUCCACAUCUCGUUGAGGUUCGUGAGAGAAUCCGCAUCAACGGCAAGCCCCUCGCUAAAGAUGCCUUCAGUGAAUACUUCUUCACCAUCUUUGAUCGAUUGCAGGAGACGAAAGCUUCUCACGGGGGUGCGAUGCCAGCUUACUUCCGGUUCCUAACGAUCAUGGCGUUCCACGUCUUCCUUAAGGAAAAGGUUGAUGUUGCUGUGAUUGAAGUUGGUCUUGGGGGAUCCUAUGAUUGUACAAAUAUUAUCAGGAAACCAGUGGUUGUUGGCAUUACAUCACUGGGUCUGGACCACAUGGCUAUACUGGGUGACACCAUUGAGGAGAUCGCGUGGCACAAAGCCGCCAUUUCUAAGCCUGGUAGACCAGCUUUUACAGUGGAACAGCAAGAAGGUGCGAUGAACGUUGUCAUGGAUACUGCAAAUAAGAUUGGGGUGUCAAGCAUUCAGUGUAUACCAGACAUUAGUUGCUAUGACUUCAGCGGUAUAAAACUACGGUUGGGCCUGGCAGGGAGACAUCAACUCACGAAUGCCUCGCUUGCAUUACAGCUGUGUAAGACGUGGGUCCAGAACUAUCAAGAGAUUAAUCCACAGCAAUACAAAGAUGGACCUGAGAGUCUAAGAACUGACGCCUUCUUACCCGCUGAAGCAGUUGGCGAUCCAGAGUUAGAAUCAUCAGCAGCUAGGGUCGGCAUGCCGGUGGCUGAAGGCUUCGUCGUUCCCUGCCACUUCAUGAAAGGUCUUGAGGAAUGCUACUGGCCAGGUCGCAAUCAAGUGGUCAAAGGAGAGAAUCUAACGUACUACAUAGAUGGGGCUCACACGCCACGCAGCAUCACGGUGUGUCAGGAGUGGUUCAUUAGCGCAGCUGAUGAAGAAGCCUGGAUACUAGACCGUCCAAUCAAACGUAUCCUCAUCUUCAACUCGACCGGGAAUCGGGAUGAAUAUAGCUUGCUUAAACCACUCACAGAUUGCCAGUUUGACGGUGCCGCCUUUUGUCCAAACAUCACUGGGGAAAGCGUGUCAGGGAACUCGGCAGACUCACUUACAGAUGAUUCUGGCAAAGCUCCUGGGGGUGCCAUGGGCAAUAAUGAUGGCAAGAAAAAAGACCAGACAACUUUCAACACCACCAACGAGAAGCAACUGGCUCGAUGCAAAUGCAACCUCAUCGCCUUCGAAAACCUCGUCGAAGAAGAAGCUCAGUCCGACUUACUGUUGACCAUCCAAGACGUGGCCAAGUAUCCGUCCCGAGAAUGGCAUAGUCGACAGUCGCGCCACCGAGCCACGUCAUCUAUCUGUAAAUCAACUCCCUCAAAUGAUGCAAGGAGACUGCAGUCUGUACCACAGAACAUGUAUCAAACGGACUCAGUGAAGGUACCAAAGGCUGCCACCAAAGUUUUAGAUAGCAUCUCUGACGCCCUACAUUGGGCUGCAACAUGGGCAGACCAAGAACUAACCCCUGAGGAACCCUCCUUGAAUGGUGGUAAGAAGCAGAAGCCUCAUGUACAGGUGUUAAUCACUGGGAGCCUACAUUUGGUCGGCGGGGUGAUCAAGGUGCUGGAUCCAGAGUUGGUGAACAGACCGGGAAGUUGAAUGAACUCCAAUCGCUCCGUUGGGAAAGGUCUUUCAAUAAUUGUAGAGUACAAGUGAAGUUUGUAUGUGUUCCAAAAAUGUCCAGCAACGGCAAAUUUGGCCAUGUUCAUUUCAACAACAAAUAAGGUUGUAGUCAAGGUUAUGUUCUGAAUUUACAAUUCCUUCAUGCUUAAUUUACAUUGUACAGCUAAACCAAGACAACUCUUCUCUCAAAAAGAAGUCCACCAACACUGUGGGGACACUGUGUGGACUUAGACAACUCCACACAGUGUUUUUAGUGUUGAAGAUUUUGCGCAAGUGUACAGGACAACGAAACGCCAAAAGAGUGUAUGCAACACAAAGCUGUGUUUGCAUGCAUGCUUGUCAAUGUUGUACACAAAGUACACAACUCACUCAACAUGUACACCUUCAUAUGUAUGUACAUGCAUAAUGUAUACUUAAGGUUCCAGUACAUAGCUUACAUGUCUAUUUAUAAAAAGCGUACAUAAUUUUCUGUAUAAUACAUUCUGAUUAUCUGCAUCUGCAGUCUCUGUACAAACACAUGAUAAGUCUUGCGUCAAAUAAGGGUGUAACUGCAACACAACUUUAGAAAGCAUUAGAUGUUAUAAAGCGCCGUGUCUAUAACUUGGUCGUUUUCAAUGGAGUUUUGAAAGCAAACAUUCCAAAAACAAAAUCAAAAUUUUGCAGCAAACUUAAGCAGUUUUCUUACCUCGCUCCAUAGUACAUGAUGUAGAACACUUGAAGCAUUGAUGGACGUUGGUUAUAAACAUCUCGGCAAUCAGUCAUGCUGGCCGUGUCAUGCUGGUUGUCUCGCCCAAACCCUGGCUUGGGCUUGGACCACAUCUGUGGCACAAUCGGCUUUUCCAAAGUCCAGUACCGAAGAAGUACACUUUCAAAAAUGCUGUUGGAGCUGCUCAUACCAGUAACCUCAUGUGAUAUCACAUGUUUACAAAAAAAUAAAACAGAGCCUGGACUUCCUGCAAGCACGAUUUGUACAGAGCUCAAUGGUUCACAUACAAUCUGAUAUUUAAUUGAGAUUGCACUGUAUGAUUUUUUUGGGGAUAAUCUUUUGAUAUUAAGAAAGGGGCCACAUCUCAAAACUUUGUCAGCUAUUAGUUUUACAUAUCUUGAAUUUCGGUGGAAAUUUUGAAACAAAAUGUAAGAUUUCAAAUGUACCAGUGUAAAAUGUAUAGUUGGUUUCUACCCUUACAGGUACAUCCAUCGAUGAGUAUUUAAGCACUGUAUACUUUCCCAGGUUCUCGGAAAAAAUACUACAGGCUAAUCACUUGGAUGGGAUUCGAACCCACAACCUUUGCGUUGCUAGAGUAGAUGUCUUACCACUAGACCAUUAAUUAACC